AUGGGUCGCCCGCGCAUCAGCAUCGCCGCUGUGGCGCUGUCAGCGGCCACGGGCAUGACAGUGGCCGCCGUGUCUAUGAUGGCGUACUAUCGCUUCCAGCACCCGCAAGAGUUCGCAGACGCCACCAUUCGCAUGACGCACCCGGAGCUAUCGGACGAUUUCAACCGCAAAUGGGGCCUCUUCGGCACGGGCAUCAUCGAUUCAGUGCCACAGAGCGUCAAGGACCUAUUUUACGUGCCCGACAUGGCCGAGCGCUUCGAAAAGCACAAGAAGAAGCGGGACGAGCAGAUUCGCCAGACAAUUGAAGACCUGCGUCCCAAGGGCAAGUAG